AUGCAUACUGGCCAACAAAUCCCAAGUACCGACCAUCACAUUCUCUGCAACAAGCCCUCUUCUGACAUCCACUUCGUCCGAGCCACUGUCAACGACUCAUCCCAUGUCAAUGCCAUUGCGGCCAUUGUUAAAUACAUUCGAUGGAGAAGCGUCGUUGCCAUUCAUGCAGACAACGAGCUAGGCGAAGGAAUCAUGCCUUACUUGUUUGACGCUUUACAAGGCGUGGAAGUGAAUAAAAGUGUGAUCAAUCCGAAAGCUUAUGAUGAUCAUAUUCGAAUAGAACUUCUUAAGCUCAUGAUGAGGCAGACAAGGGUAUUCGUUGUCCACAUGGACUCAAGUCUCGGUCUCCGAGUUUUUCAGAUAGCUAAAGAGAUUGGGAUGAUGGAUGAAGGGUAUGUAUGGUUACUAUCAAAUGAAAUGACGCCUUUGAUGAGACAUAGUUUGGAGACUAUGCAGGGCGUGUUAGGUGUAAGGAGCCGCGUCCUAAUAAAAUCUAAAGAGCAUGAAGAUUUCCGUUUGAGAUGGGAGAAUCCAUUGAUGGAGGGCAACGUAGAGCUAAACGUUUUUUCGCUAUGGGCAUAUGAUUCGAUCACGGCAUUAGCAAUGGCCGUGGAGAACAGCACAAGGAGCUUGACCUCUGAGUCAUCGACUUUUGAGAUCAUCAAUGUUCUUGAAGAUGAAGAGAGGAUUAUCGGAUUUUGGACUCCGAGCAAUGGACUCGUGAAUGCAAAUUCAGACACUUCAAUUUCAGGGAAGAAGUUGGGGCCCGUAAUAUGGCCAGGAAAGCCGACAGUUACUCCAAAAAGAUGGGAGUUUCCAACAAAGAAGGGGAAGAAGAAGCUUAUCGUGGGCGUUCCUGUAAAGGGAGGCUUCCCCGAUUUUGUGCACAUAAAGACAGAUCCGAUCACUAACAAACCUACCUCGGCCGCUGCUCUUGAAAAAUUGGAUUACCCAGUCAUUCCUGAAUAUAUUGUGCACGAGUCUAGAGAUGUGAUAUACGACGAUUUGGUACAAGAAGUCUAUAAAGGGAUUAGAAUGGUGCCUUUAGUCAAGUGGUGCUUUCUCUACCAGAAUUCGAAUUUAUGUACCGAGAGUGUAGGGUUGUUAGAGUAUCAGUAUUGCAGAGAUGGUGAUUGA